AUGUUCACAACGCCCCAAAAGGCCCAGUCCAAAUUCGGCAACUGGUCCCCGGGCAUCUUCAAACUCAACGUCAACCUCAACCUAUUCAGCCCUACACCACCCGGUAGCGUCGCCGCCUUGAACACCCCCAGCGGCCCUACGCCGCACCCCCCUCCUCCUCCAGAUACCCCCUUCACUCCGUCGCCACCACGUCGUCGUCACGGAAGAUCUUCUCAGCCUUCUACUCCUACCGCAGCGGCUGCUGGGGCGCGCUCGGAGCCGCGUGCGCGGAGACAUGCGAGCAAGUUCGCGACGCCUACGCGCGUGCAACACUCUGCGUCGUUCAAUCGACGCGUCAAACACGCGCAGCUGCCUCCCAGGAAGGAUGCCGCACCACACCCACCAUCCUCCUCAUCUUCAUCAGCACCAGACCCAGCUGCCGCAGACUCCCAACCCGGUUUCACAGAGCUCAAACAACAAGUCGUCGCCACAUCCCGCGAGUCCAAAGUCGCGCCCAACCCCGAAACGCAGAUCUUCCUCGCGCAGCUCGAGAAGCUCGAUUUCAUGCGUGAGGUCGUGGAGGCGCGGAUUAAUACUUACACCGACGAUGUCGAUGAGGAUGGGGAUGCCGCCAAGGAACACAGAGCAAAUCAGAAGGCGGAGAAAGCGCGUAGGGUUGUUGCUGAGCAGCGGCGCGUGGAGGAGCAGAGGCGCGUGCGCGCACGCGCGCGCGAGCGGGAGAGGGAGAGAGAGAGGGAUAUGAAGAGGCAGAGAGAGAAAGAGCUGGAGACGCAGGCGGAGGCGGAGGUGCGAGCGCUGGAGAACGCGAUGCACGCGAAGAGGCAGCGGCAGCGCGCUGAGAUGUUAGAGCGCGAGCGGCUCCGCGAAGAGAGGGAGGCUGCUGAGAAGGAGGAGGCGCGGCUUGAUACCAUGCGCAGGAAGCAGGCGGCGCAAAUGGCAAAGCAGGCGGCGCAGGUUGCUGCUAUGAAGGAGAGGGAGCGGCGCGUGGAGGAGGAACACGCUGAGAGAGUUGAGAGACGGCGGAGAGAGGAUGAGGAGGCGCGGAUUGCUGCGCAGAUGGGGGAUGCGGCUAGACGGGAGCGUGAGCGACGCGAGCGAGAGGCCCGAGUUCAGGAGCUUGAGCAGCGCCGACGCGAGCAAGAUGCCCGACUUCAGGAGGAGAAUGCGAAGCUUGAGCAGCGCCGACGUGACGAAGAGGCGCACCGUCUUGCUGAAGCUGAAGCUGCUAGACUUAAGCUCGAGGAGCAGCGUCGCCAGGAAGCAGAAGCUGCCCGGCGUGAGCAGCAGCGUCUCGAGGAAGAGUCCCUUCGCUUCGCAGCAGAACAAGAGCGCAUCAAGCGAGAAACAGAAGCUAGAGCUAGAUGGGAUCAAGAACUCGAGGCAGAGAGGCGACGUCGAGAAGAAGAAGCGCAUGCUGCUGAAAUACUCCGCAAGGCAGAGGAGGCAGCACGAUGGCGCCAACAAGAGCUCGCUGAGAAACGUGCGCGCGAGGCAGAGAGGAUGGCGCGCGAGGCGCGGGAGCUGGCACGUACGGCGCUCGAGCACGCGCGGGUUACGCUGGGGCAUGCACGGGCAGAGGCGGAGCGGGCACGGCGGGAUGUUGAGAGCGCGCGUGCGCAGGCGGAGGAGGCGCGUCGGGAGGCCGAGCGCGCGUUUGCGCGCGCGCAGGCUGAGGCGAUUCACCUCCGUUUCCAGACGGAACAGGACGCGCUGCAGUGGGCGGAGCGCUUGAGAGCGCAGUUUAUUGUGGAGGACCAGGAGCGCCAGGCUGCGAAUGCGCAGAGAGAGCGCGAUUUGGCUGCGAAGGAGGAGCGUAUCCGCGACGCUGAGGAGGCGUUCAGGCGCAAGGAGGCGGAGUUUGCGGCGAAUCAGUAUGCUCAGUGGAAUAAUCAGCAACAGUCUACUCCUCCUCCGCAAUAUGGACAUGAACAAUAUCAACAUUCUCCUCCUCAGCAGCAUAAAAACUUUAAUUACCACCAGCAGCAACAAGAACGACAACAGCAGCAGCAAUACCAAUACUAUCAACAACAGUAUCAACAGCAACAUUUCCAGCAGCACCAACAAACCUACGAGCAUCACGAUACCGACGUGCCAAUGCGCGACGCGUCCUUCAUCGUCGAUAUGGACGCGUCAAUGCAAGACCUCCCCCCGCGCCCACCAACUCCUCCUCCUUCCCCCCCUCCUCCUCCCCCUCCUCCGCCAGCAGAACCCACACCAGAACCAGGACCAGAACCCAUACCACUCACAGCAGCCAACUUCUACGACCAAUACGAAAAAUCCUGGAAAUCCCUGCUCAAACACACACCCAACCACACCCUCCAACUCACACACAUCAAAUGGCCCGUCCUGCACCGCGUCACAUCGCCCCUCGACAUCACCGACGAAGCAGUAAGGCACUUCUACACCAACCCCACGCGUCCAGUGAAUCUGCAGGUUCCGAUAAGGAGUCUGUGUAGGAAGGAAUUGUUGCGCUGGCAUACGGAUAAGUUUGCGGCGAAGUUUGUGGAUAAGGUUGUGCCGCAUGAGUGGCCUACGGUUCUUGAAUGUGUGCUGGUUGUGAAUCGGUUUUUGGUGCAGUAUAAUCAGGAGCGAGGCUAG